CUUCCACUUCAGAGCCAGUUCCGCUCUGCAACUCCGGUCGCCGACCUCGCCUCCGGACUGAUCGGAUUUUUGUAGUCAGCUCCGAUGGCAGCCUCCUCCAUACGACCUUCUCUCUCCUCUUUUAGGUUCUCAACCGCCUCCCGUCUCGGCGGCGUUUCCCUCUCUCCAUUACUCCUUCCUCGGAGGCUGCUUUUCUCUCAUCUCGGUAGCGCGGUUUCGCAUUCGCCAUGUUUUGGUUUGAGAGCUUCUAGGCUGUUGAGAGCUGAGAGCAACAGGGUAAGGAUGCAACAGGGUGGAGUGGUACAAGCAAGUACAUCUGCUACCCAGGAGAACCUCCUAGAGUGGGUCAAACAGGACAAAAGAAGAAUGCUUCAUGUUGUUUAUCGUGUUGGGGAUUUGGACAGGACCAUCAAAUUCUAUACAGAAUGCCUGGGAAUGAAGCUGCUGAGAAAACGUGAUAUACCAGAAGAGAGAUACACAAAUGCUUUUCUCGGAUAUGGACCAGAAGAUAAUCACUUUGUCAUUGAACUCACCUACAAUUAUGGAGUUGACAAGUAUGAUAUUGGAACAGGAUUUGGUCAUUUUGGUAUUGCUGUUGAAGAUGUUGCUAAGACUGUGGAACUUAUAAAGGCUAAGGGUGGGAAAGUAACAAGAGAACCUGGUCCAGUCAAAGGUGGUAGUACUGUUAUUGCAUUUAUUGAAGAUCCUGAUGGUUACAAAUUUGAACUACUUGAAAGAGGGCCUACACCUGAACCCUUGUGUCAAGUAAUGCUUCGCGUUGGUGAUCUUGAUCGUUCCAUAAAUUUCUAUGAGAAGGCCUUUGGCAUGGAGCUUCUACGCAAACGAGAUAAUCCAGAAUACAAGUAUACGAUAGCCAUGAUGGGCUAUGGUCCGGAGGAUAAAAAUGUUGUUCUGGAGUUGACUUACAACUAUGGAGUUACUGAUUAUGAAAAAGGAAAUGCUUAUGCUCAGAUUGCAAUUGGCACAGAUGAUGUAUAUAAAACUGCAGAAGCAAUUAAACUUGUUGGUGGGAAAAUUACUCGUGAACCUGGACCAUUACCUGGUAUCAACACCAAGAUCACUGCAUGCUUAGAUCCUGAUGGUUGGAAGACGGUUUUUGUCGAUAAUAUUGAUUUCCUGAAGGAGUUGGAGUGAGUUUUUAAGGUCCAUGAUCAUAUGCUGACUACACUCAUAUCCAUAUCCAGGACAGAUGGGUUCUUGGAGGUUCUCCAUGAGAAUGCUUCCUGAACCAUUUUGUAGAUAAAAUCUGCAAUCUUUCAGAAGAACAGACACAUAAGCAGUGAGCCUGGAAGAAUUGAAGUUGAAGAUGUUAUUUUAUUUUUAAAUAAUUAUCUGCAUUUGUUUUGAUGAAAAUAUUAUCAGAAAUCAGUUAUGGUCGAAAAGGUUAUAAGAUAAUGACUACGGCUGAGGAUGUACUAUAGUAAACCAUUUCUAAAUUAUUCUAUGUUUGAAGUUGGUUUUGAAAAUUUUAUCCUGGAAGGAAACUUUCACCGUGUAGUAGUUAUGUUUAAAGAGUCCUUACUGCUUUCAAUGAAUUUUAGGAAUGAGA